CACCCAGCCCCGAGCCGGCUCCUCUGCGCGCUCGCCGCCCUCCGAGUCACAGCUCGUCCUCCCGGUCCCGCUCCUCCCGCCCGGCCGCUGCCCGCGCUCCCCGGCGCCCGCCUCCCCCCGCCCCGCCCGCGCGGCCCGGGCCACCCCGCCGAGAGGAGCGUCCUGGCGGCACCGCGGCACCGCCCCCGAGUUCCUCGAGUUGCCGGUGCUCGGCGCUUUUCUCUCGGAAGCCGCCUCCAGCGCGCUCCGAGCCGGUCCGCUCCCUCUUAUGCCUCGGCCCUGAGCCCUCUUUGAGAGUGCCCGCCGACAUGAGCUGCAACGGCGGCUCCCACCCGCGCCUCAACACUCUGGGCCGCAUGACCCGCGCCGAGUCCGGCCCGGACCUGCGCUACGAGUUCACCUGCGGCGGCGGCAGCGGUGGCGGUGGCGGCGGCGGCGGCGGCGGGGUCUCCAACGGCAGGAUGUACUACACGCGGCGCUGCGCCGUCACCGAACACAACUCGGACGGCUACUGUCCAACUGGGACAAUGUCCAGACACCAGAACCAGAAUACCAUCCAGGAGCUUCUGCAGAACUGCUCAGACUGUUUGAUGCGUGCAGAGCUGAUUGUGCAGCCCGAACUGAAAUAUGGAGAUGGAAUACAGUUUGCUCGGAGUAGAGAACUGGAUGAGUGUUUUGCCCAGGCCAAUGAUCAGAUGGAGAUCACAGAUAGUUUGAUCAGAGAGAUGCGGCAAAUGGGCCAGCCCUGUGAUGCUUAUCAGAAAAGAUUGCUUCAGCUCCAAGAGCAAAUGCGCGCCCUCUAUAAAGCCAUCAGCUCCCCGCGAGUCCGAAGGGCCAGCUCCAAGGGCGGUGGAGGAUACACCUGCCAGAGUGGCUCAGGCUGGGACGAGUUCACCAAGCGCCUCACCAGCGAAUGUUUGGGGUGGAUGAGGCAGCAAAGGGCGGAGAUGGACGUGGUGAGCUGGGGCGUUGAUCUGGCCUCCGUGGAGCAGCACAUCAACAGCCACCGGGGUCUUCACAACACCAUCGGGGACUACCGCUGGCAGCUGGACAAGAUCAAAGCUGACCUGCGUGAAAAAUCUGCAAUUUACCAGUUGGAGGAGGAGUAUGAAAACCUGCUGAAAGCUUCCUUUGAGAGGAUGGAUCACCUGCGGCAGCUGCAGAGCAUCAUCCAGGCUACGUCCAGGGAGAUCAUGUGGAUCAACGACUGCGAGGAGGAGGAGCUGCUGUAUGACUGGAGCGACAAGAACACGAACAUUGCUCAGAAGCAGGAGGCCUUCUCCAUACGUAUGAGUCAAUUGGAACUUAAGGAAAAAGAGCUCAAUAAGCUUAAACAAGAAAGUGACCAGCUUGUCCUCAAUCAGCAUCCUGCUUCAGACAAAAUUGAGGCGUAUAUGGACACUCUUCAGACCCAGUGGAGUUGGAUUCUUCAGAUCACCAAAUGCAUUGAUGUUCAUCUGAAAGAAAAUGCUGCCUACUUUCAGUUUUUCGAAGAGGCCCAAUCCACCGAAGCCUACCUGAAGGGCCUUCAAGACUCCAUCCGCAAGAAGUACCACUGUGACAAAAACAUGCCUCUGCAGCGCCUCCUGGAGCAGAUCAAGGAGCUGGAGAAAGAGCGAGAGAAAAUCCUCGAGUACAAGCGUCAGGUGCAGAACUUGGUAAACAAGUCCAAGAGGAUUGUCCAGCUGAAACCCCGAAACCCUGACUACAGAAGCAGUAAACCCAUUAUUCUCAGGGCCCUUUGUGACUACAAACAAGACCAGAAAGUCGUGCACAAAGGGGAUGAAUGCAUUCUGAAGGACAACACCGAACGUAGCAAAUGGUAUGUGACAGGCCCCGGUGGCGUUGACAUGCUGGUUCCUUCCGUCGGCCUGAUCAUACCCCCUCCGAAUCCCCUGGCCGUGGACCUCUCUUACAAGAUUGAGCAGUACUACGAGGCCAUCUUGGCGCUCUGGAACCAGCUCUACAUCAACAUGAAGAGCCUGGUGUCCUGGCAUUACUGCAUGAUUGACAUCGAGAAGAUCAGGGCCAUGACCAUCGCCAAGCUGAAGACGAUGCGCCAGGAAGAUUACAUGAAGACGAUAUCUGAUCUCGAGUUACAUUACCAAGAGUUCAUCAGAAACAGCCAAGGCUCAGAGAUGUUUGGAGAUGACGACAAGCGGAAAAUGCAGUCCCAGUUCACAGAUGCCCAGAAGCAUUAUCAAACCCUGGUCAUUCAGCUUCCGGGUUACCCCCAGCACCAAACAGUAACCACGACGGAGGUCACUCAUCUUGGUUCCUGUCAAGAUGUUAACCAUAAUAAAGUAAUUGAAACCAACAGAGAAAAUGACAAGCAAGAGGCUUGGAUACUGAUGGAGCUCCAGAAGAUUCGAAGGCAGAUGGAGCUCUGUGAGGGCAGAAUGACACUUAAAAACAUCCUUCUAACUGACCAGGGGACUACCCAUCAGAUCACAGUGAAAAUAAACGAGCUGAAGAGUGUGCAGAAUGACUCCCAAGCCAUUGCCGAAGUUCUCAACCAGCUUAAAGAUAUGCUGGCCAACUUCAGGGGUUCUGAAAAAUACUGCUAUUUACAGAAUGAGGUAUUUGGACUGUUCCAGAAACUGGAAAAUAUCAAUGGCGUUACCGAUGGCUACUUAAAUAGCUUAUGCACAGUGAGAUCCUUACUCCAAGCUCUUCUCCAAACAGAAGACAUGUUAAAGGUUUAUGAAGCCAGACUCACUGAAGAAGAAACAGUUUGCCUGGAUCUGGAUAAAGUAGAAGCUUAUCGUUGUGGACUGAAGAAAAUAAAAAGUGACUUGAAUUUGAAGAAGUCAUUGCUGGCCACCAUGAAGACAGAGCUUCAGAAAGCACAGCAGAUCCACUCCCAGACUUCCCAGCAGUAUCCACUCUACGACUUGGAUCUUGGGAAGUUUAGUGAAAAAGUCACGCAGCUGACGGAUCGUUGGCAAAGAAUAGAUAAACAGAUAGACUACAGAUUAUGGGACCUAGAGAAACAAAUCAAGCAACUGAGGAAUUAUCGUGACAACUAUCAGGCUUUCUGCAAGUGGCUCUAUGAUGCCAAGCGUCGCCAGGACUCCUUAGAAUCCAUGAAAUUUGCAGAUUCCAACACGGUCAUGAGAUUUUUGAAUGAACAGAAGAACUUGCACAGUGAAAUAUCUGGCAAACGAGACAAAUCAGAAGAAGUACAAAAAAUUGCCGAACUUUGUGCAAAUUCAAUUAAGGAUUAUGAACUUCAGCUUGCAUCAUACACUUCAGGACUGGAGACUCUACUGAACAUACCUAUCAAGAGAACUAUGGUUCAGUCCCCUUCCGGGGUGAUUCUGCAAGAGGCUGCAGAUAUUCAUGCUCGGUACAUAGAACUACUCACAAGAUCUGGAGACUAUUACAGAUUCUUAAACGAGAUGUUGAAGAGUUUGGAAGAUCUGAAGCUGAAAAAUACCAAGAUUGAGGUGUUGGAAGAGGAGCUCAGGCUGGCCAGAGAUGCCAACUCUGAAAACUGCAACAAGAACAAAUUCUUGGAUCAGAACCUGCAGAAAUACCAGGCCGAGUGUUCCCAGUUCAAAGCAAAGCUUGUGAGCCUGGAGGAGCUGAAGAGGCAAGCUGAGCUGGAUGGAAAGUCUGCUAAGCAAAACCUAGACAAGUGCUAUGGUCAAAUCAAAGAACUCAACGAGAAGAUCACCAGGCUUACUUAUGAGAUUGAAGAUGAAAAGAGAAGAAGAAAGGCUGUGGAAGACAGAUUUGACCAACAGAAGAACGACUAUGACCAACUACAGAAAGCAAGGCAAUGUGAAAAGGAGAACCUUGGUUGGCAAAAAUUGGAGUCUGAGAAAGCCAUCAAGGAGAAGGAGUACGAGAUAGAAAGGUUGAGGGUUCUGCUUCAAGAGGAGGGCACCCGGAAGAGAGAAUAUGAAAAUGAGCUGGCAAAGGUAAGAAACCACUAUAAUGAGGAGAUGAGUAAUUUAAGGAACAAAUAUGAGACUGAGAUUAACAUUACGAAGACCACCAUCAAGGAGAUCUCCAUGCAAAAAGAGGAUGAUUCUAAAAAUCUUAGAAACCAGCUUGAUAGACUCUCGAGGGAAAAUCGAGAUCUGAAAGACGAGAUUGUCAGGCUAAAUGACAGCAUAUUGCAGACCACGGAGCAGCGAAGGCGGGCCGAAGAAAAUGCCCUUCAGCAAAAAGCCUGUGGCUCUGAGAUAAUGCAGCAGAAGCAGCAUCUGGAGAUCGAGCUCAAGCAGGUCAUCCAGCAGCGCUCAGAGGACAACACAAGGCACAAGCAGUCCCUAGAGGAGGCUGCAAAGACCAUUCAGGACAAAAACAAGGAGAUCGAAAGACUCAAAGCUGAGUUUCAGGAGGAAGCCAAGCGCCGCUGGGAAUAUGAAAAUGAACUGGCUAAGGUAAGGAACAGUUACGACGAGGAAAUCAUUAGCCUGAAAAACCAGUUCGAGACUGAGAUUAACAUCACCAAGAUGACCAUCCAGCAGCUCACCAUGCAGAAAGAGGAGGACACCAGCGGCUACCAAGCCCAGAUAGACAACCUCACCAGAGAAAACCAGAGCUUAUCGGAAGAAAUAAAGAGGCUGAAGAGCACACUGGCCCAGUCCACAGAGAGUCUUCGGAGGGCUGAAGAAAACGUCCAGCAGCAGAAGGCCACUGGCUCAGAGGUGUCUCAGAGGAAACAGCAGCUGGAGAUAGAGCUGAGACAGGUCACCCAGAUGCAGAUGGAAGAGAGCGUGAGAUACAAGCAGUCUCUUGACGAUGCUGCCAAAACCAUCCAGGAUAAAAACAAGGAGCUAGACAGAUUAAAACAACUGAUAGAGACAGAAACGAAGGAACGGAAGUGCCUGGAAGAUGAAAAUGCUAAAUUACAAAGGGCCCAGUACGAUCUGCAGAAAGCAAACAGCAGCGCGACAGAGACGAUAAGCAAACUGAGGGUUCAUGAGCAGGAGCUGACACGCCUGAGAAUCGACUAUGAAAGGGUUUCGCAGGAGAGGACCGUGAAGGACCAGGAUAUAGUGAGAUUCCAGAGUUCUCUGAAAGACUUGCAGUUGCAGAAGCAGAAAGUGGAAGAGGAGCUGACCCGGCUGAAGAGGACGGCUUCAGAAGAUUCCUCCAAAAGGAAGAAGCUGGAGGAUGAGCUAGAAGGUAUGAGGAAGUCUUUGAAAGAGCAAGCAAUAAAAAUCACCAGCCUGACCCAGCAGCUGGAGCAGGCGUCCAUCGUUAAGAAAAGGAGCGAGGACGACCUCCGCCAGCAGAAGGACGUGCUGGACGGCCACGUGAGGGAGAAGCAGAGGACGCAGGAGGAGCUCAGGAGACUGUCCUUGGAGAUCGAAGCCCUGAGGCGGCAGUUGCUCCAGGAACAGGAAACCGUCAAACAGGCUCACGUGAGGAAUGAACAUUUCCAGAAGGCCAUAGAAGAUAAAAGCAGGAGCUUAAACGAAAGCAAGAUAGAAAUAGAGAGGCUGCAGUCUCUCACAGAGAAUUUGACGAAGGAGCACUUAAUGCUGGAAGAGGAGCUCCGGAACCUCAAGCUGGAAUAUGAUGAGCUGAGGAGGAAUCGGAGAGAAGCCGACAGCGAUAAAAAUGCCACCAUCUGUGAACUAAGGAACCAACUGCAAAUCAGCAACAACCGGACCUUGGAACUGCAGGGCCUGAUUAAUGAUUUACAGAAAGAGAGGGAAAAUUUGAGACAGGAAAUUGAGAAAUUCCAAAAGCAGGCUUUAGAGGCAUCUAAUAGGAUCCAGGAAUCAAAGAAUCAGUGCACUCAGGUGGUACAAGAAAGAGAGAGCCUUCUGGUGAAAAUAAAAGUCCUGGAACAAGACAAGCUGAGGCUGCAGAGGCUGGAGGAGGAGCUGAACCGUGCAAAAGCCACUCUGGAGGCAGAAAGCAGGGUGAAGCAGCGCCUCGAGAGUGAGAAGCAGCAGAUCCAGAAUGACCUGAACCAGUGGAAAACGCAGUUUUCCCGCAAGGAAGAGGCUAUUAGGAAAAUUGAGUCAGAACGAGAGAAGAGCGAGCGAGAGAAGAACACCCUCAGGUGUGAGAUCGAAAGGCUCCAAGCGGAGAUCAAGAGGAUCGAAGAGAGGUGCCGGCGGAAGCUGGAGGAUUCCUCCCGGGACACGCAGUCCCAGCUGGAAACAGAACGCUCCCGGCUGCAGAGAGAAAUCGACAGGCUCAAGCAGCGCCCCUACGGGUCCCACCGAGAGACCCAGACCGAGUACGAGUGGACCGUGGACCACUCGAAGCUGGUGUUUGAAGGCCUCAGGAAGAAGGUGACGGCGAUGCAGCUCUACGAAUGCCAGCUGAUUGACAAAACGACCCUGGACAAACUGCUGAAGGGGAGGAAGUCAGUGGAAGAAGUCGCUGCUGAAAUCCAGCCUUUCCUCCGUGGUGCGGGAGCGAUUGCGGGAGCUUCCACUUCCCCUAAGGAGAAGUACUCUCUGGUGGAGGCCAAGAGGAAGAAAUUAAUCACCCCAGAAUCCACAGUCAUGCUUCUGGAGGCCCAGGCAGCUACGGGCGGAAUAAUUGACCCCCACAGGAAUGAGAAGCUAACGGUUGACAGUGCCAUAGCUCGGGACCUCAUCGACUUUGAUGACCGCCAGCACAUAUAUACGGCGGAAAAAGCGGUCACCGGUUUCGACGAUCCAUUUUCAGGCAAGACCGUAUCUGUCUCUGAAGCUAUCAAGAAAAAUUUGAUUGAUAGGGAAACUGGAAUGCGCCUGCUGGAAGCCCAGAUUGCUUCAGGGGGUGUCGUGGACCCGGUGAACAGUGUCUUUUUGCCCAAAGAUGUCGCCUUAGCCCGUGGGUUGAUUGACAAAGAUUUGUACCGGUCCUUGAAUGAUCCCCGAGACAGUCAGAAAAACUUUGUGGAUCCAAUCACCAAAAAGAAGGUCAGCUACAUGCAGCUGAGGGAACGGUGCAGAAUCGAGUCCCACACCGGGCUGCUUUUGCUGACGGUACAGAAGAGAAGCAUGUCCUUCCAAGGAAUCAGACAACCCGUGACUGUCACCGAGCUGGUAAAUUCUGGUAUAUUGAGACCCUCCACUGUCAAUGAACUUGAGUCAGGUCAGAUUUCUUAUGAUGAAGUUGGUGAGAGAAUUAAGGACUUCCUGCAGGGUUCCAGCUGCAUAGCAGGCAUUUACAAUGAGACCACGAAACAGAAGCUCGGCAUUUACGAGGCCAUGAAAAUCGGCUUGGUCCGGCCUGGUACUGCACUGGAGCUACUGGAAGCCCAAGCAGCUACUGGCUUUAUAGUGGAUCCUGUCAGCAACUUAAGGUUACCGGUGGAAGAAGCCUACAAAAGAGGUCUGGUGGGCAUUGAGUUCAAGGAGAAGCUCUUGUCUGCAGAACGCGCUGUCACCGGGUAUAAUGAUCCCGAAACUGGGAGCAUCAUCUCCCUGUUCCAAGCCAUGAACAAAGAGCUCAUUGAAAAGGGCCAUGGCAUUCGCUUAUUGGAAGCACAGAUUGCAACUGGUGGGAUUAUUGACCCCAAGGAGAGCCACCGCUUACCCGUUGACAUAGCCUACAAGAGGGGGUACUUCAACGAGGAGCUCAGCGAGAUUCUCUCCGAUCCAAGUGAUGACACCAAAGGAUUUUUUGACCCCAACACUGAAGAAAAUCUCACCUAUCUGCAACUGAAAGAAAGAUGCAUUAAGGAUGAGGAAACAGGGCUCUGUCUCCUGCCCCUGAAAGAAAAGAAGAAGCAGGUGCAGACGUCACAGAAGAACACCCUCAGGAAACGCAGAGUGGUCAUAGUUGACCCGGAAACUAACAAGGAGAUGUCUGUUCAGGAGGCCUACAAGAAGGGCCUUAUAGAUUACGAAACUUUCAGAGAAUUGUGCGAGCAGGAAUGUGAGUGGGAAGAAAUAACCAUCACUGGAUCGGACGGCUCCACCAGGGUGGUGCUGGUAGACAGGAAGACAGGCAGUCAGUAUGACAUCCAAGAUGCCAUCGACAAGGGCCUCGUGGACAGGAAGUUCUUUGACCAGUACCGGUCCGGCAGCCUCAGCCUCACUCAGUUCGCCGACAUGAUCUCCCUGAAAAAUGGCUUAGGCAACAGCGGUGGCCUGGGUGCCACCAUCAGCGACGAUGUUUUCAGCAGCUCUCGACAUGAAACCGUGAGUAAGAUCUCAACCAUAUCCAGCGUCCGGAAUUUAACCAUCAGGAGCAGCUCUCUGUCCGACUCCCUGGAGGAAUCGAGCCCCAUCGCAGCCAUCUUCGACACCGAAAACCUGGAGAAAAUUUCCAUCACGGAAGGUAUAGAGAGGGGCAUCGUCGACAGCAUCACCGGCCAGAGGCUUCUGGAAGCUCAGGCGUGCACUGGAGGCAUCAUCCACCCCACCACCGGGCAGAAGCUCUCACUCCAGGAUGCCGUCUCCCAGGGUGUGAUUGACCAAGAUAUGGCCACCCGGCUGAAGCCCGCCCAGAAAGCCUUCAUUGGCUUCGAGGGUGUGAAGGGCAAGAAGAAGAUGUCUGCUGCAGAGGCAGUGAAAGAAAAAUGGCUCCCCUACGAAGCCGGGCAGCGCUUCCUAGAGUUCCAGUACCUCACCGGAGGCCUGGUCGACCCUGAAGCGCAUGGGCGGAUAAGCACCGAGGAGGCCAUCAGAAAGGGGUUCAUCGACGGCCGAGCAGCUCAGAGGCUGCAAGACACCAGCAGCUACACCAAACUCCUGACCUGCCCCAAAACCAAGCUAAAAAUAUCCUAUAAGGAUGCCAUGAGUCGCUCCAUGGUAGAAGAUAUCACUGGGUUACGCCUUCUGGAAGCUGCCUCCGUUUCUUCCAAGGGCUUACCUAGCCCUUACAACAUAUCUUCUGCGCCCGGAUCUCGCUCGGGCUCCCGCUCCGGCUCCCGCUCUGGCUCCCGCUCCGGCUCCCGCUCCGGUUCCCGCUCUGGCUCUCGGAGAGGAAGCUUUGAUGCAACAGGGAAUUCUUACUCUUACUCCUACACCUUUAGCAGUAGCUCCAUUGGGCAUUAGUCCUCGGUUGGCAGUGGUCGCUAUCCCUUGAUUACAUUUAUAUAAAUUCCUACCUUAUGCAAUAAAAAAGACAACCCAUUGCUUGCAGUAGUGAUAAUAUAACUUUCUCUGCUUAGGAAAAUAUAGCCAUAUUUGAAAUCAAAUAGUAAAGGCUGUUCUGGCUUUUUAUCUUCUUAGCUCAUUUUAAACUAAUGUCACCCGACUUGGAUGGAGUGUGUAUGAAGAGGUAAUCAGUUGUAAGGAUAGAUCAAAUUGAAUUUAGAAUUUGUCUUUUCUGUCAUUAGAUUUUUGAUCAGCUUUUCUUAAACUUGCAUAUAAUACAAUCUCUAUUAUAUUCUUGGAGAUAAAAAUUAGGUUGAUAAUCAAUAUUUUAGUCAUUCUGUUUCUCAUCUAAGUAUUUCUGUUUUCUGUAGUAGGAGGCAAGUAAGCCCCUCUCCCUUAAAAAAACCACUCAAACUGAGCAUUUUGGAAUGAGUCUCUUCUUGUUUUUGGUUUUUGAAUGUGGAUUGUAUAACCCAUGUACUCUUUUUUUUUUUUUUUUUUUUUUCCUUUUGAACCAUAUACUCUUACAUGUACUUGUUUGGUUUGGUAUUAAUUUGACUGUAUGUAAAUGAUAACACUCUUGGCUUUUCUUUGGUCAAAGUUUUCUGUUUUGCUUGUCGUUUUCUAUGUACUUUAAAAAAGGUGUCUGAAGUUUUCUAUUCUGGCAAUAAAC